UUUCUUUUUUUACGGAACGAAACUUGAAGAACUGUUAAACUAUUAGCACACACCUCUUUCUCUUGUGUGUAUUUGUUGGCGUUUAAACCCUAUAAGUUUUUCAUAUUUUAAUCACAUCUCGUUUGUCCAAUUUAGCGGGUUCGGUUGUACAUUUUCGUAUUCAGGAAACGGCGAGUCAGUACGCGCGAGGGAGGGGAAAUCGUGCAGGCGCCUACGCCGCGAGCUUCUGUAAAGUGCUGUCCACACUCCUGAACAAAGCACCGCGAGUCAUUUUAACAAUAUUUAUAUAACAUAUAUAAAACAUCAUCAUAAUAUACACUUAUCACGCGUUGACAAGCGCUUUAGCUAAGUAAGACAACUUUUAUUUCCAAGGACAUUGAAAGAAACACAAAAAUUGUUUGCUGCAGAGCGGAAGGUGAACCUUGGUUGUCUCGUUACGACGUCUCUUAAGUAUUCAGGAGAACAUGAGUGACGAAAAUCGACCUGAAGUUGAACUUUUUGUGAAGGCAGGCAGUGAUGGGCAGAGCAUUGGAAACUGCCCCUUCUCCCAGCGCCUCUUUAUGGUGCUGUGGCUGAAAGGAGUCACCUUCAACGUCACAACUGUUGACAUGAAGAGAAAGCCAGACAUCCUGAAAGACCUGGCUCCUGGAGCUCAGCCCCCGUUCCUGCUGUACGGCGCCGAGGUCAAAACCGACACCAACAAGAUCGAGGAGUUUCUGGAGGAGAACCUCAGUCCCCCAAAGUACCCGCGUCUGGCUGCCCGUAACCCCGAGUCCAACACGGCCGGGGUGGACGUCUUCGCCAAGUUCUCCGCCUACAUCAAGAACUCGAACCCGCAGCUUAACGACAAUCUAGAGAAGGGCCUCUUGAAAGCUCUGAAGAAGCUGGACGACUACCUCAGCACUCCACUUCCUGAAGAGAUCGAUGAAAACAGCGCGGACGAUGUCACUUCCUCUUCCCGCCCCUUCCUUGAUGGGCAGGAACUCACACUGGCUGACUGCAAUCUGCUUCCAAAACUGCACAUCGUCAAGGUGGUGUGUCUGAAGUACCGCGGGUUCUCCAUCCCUCGCUCACUCACCGCUCUGUGGCGGUAUCUGGAUGCCGCCCAAUCACGGGAGGAGUUCUCCUCCACCUGCCCCAGCGACAGCGAGAUCAACAUGGCCUAUGCCUCUGUGGCCAAAGCGCUCAAAUAGGGAACACAUGCACGCACGCACACACACACACGCGCGCGCAUACACACACACACACGCGCGCGCAUACACGCACACGCACACACACGCGCGCGCACACAUAAACACGCAUACACAAACACACACACACGCGCGCACACACAGCAGAAACAUGCCAGUAGAGUAGAUGCUAUGUGCUUGCAGGUGAACUGAAGGUAUUGCUGUUCCUUCUUCCUUUCUGCACUCAGAAGAAAGAGCUGUGCUUUUGCUGAAGGAUGCAUCCAGAGGAGGAAGACCCAGGUUCAUUUUCCCCAGUAUUUCCUUCUCAUCGACUGGAUUUUCUGAUUAGCACAAGUCAGGAGGUAGAGCUAAUGAGUGAAAUCAGCCGGCUGAGUUCCUGGGUGUAAGAAACACACGGCAGCACUUUUACAUUCUGACCACACAGUUUCUACACUCACCGCAAACUCGGCUACCCACCUUUAACGCUGGAGUUCGUUAAGAGGGCGUGGCCAGGUAUGAUACCAUGGAAACAGAUGUUCUGCACCACGUUAUGGAAACUAGGGCCAUUCUAAAAUGGCCGACCAUAAUCUGAACCCAACGGCCAUUCUAAAAUGGCUGACCAUACUCUGGACCUGAGGGCCAUUCUAAAAUGGCCAACCAUACUCUGGACCCGACAGCCACUCUAAAAAAAUUUCCCGCUUAGUCUUUUUUUGUCCCCUUGAAGACUCUGUGUUUGCAGAGCAUUGGCCUGCCGUUGUCAUGAGGAUUUUAGUACUCACGUAGGCUGUGUUUUGGGCCCAGGUCAGCAAUGGGGGGCUUCAAAAUUUUAUAAUGUGGCUCUGAAAUGUGUGACCUGCUCAGGUUGAUAAAAUGGAGCAAACCUUUUUUUUAACUUUCAGUUUUCUGAAACUCGCUGUCCCUUGGGGGUUCCUUUGUUGAGCGCAGUUUUGGGUGCCCCGUCUAACCCUAACCCCGUCUGGGGUCCCGGAGGCCGUGAGGUAGAGGUGUCACCGCAGUGGAGCUGCUUCACUGCGUAGCGUAUGAACCACAGCAGAGCGUCCAUGUUGCCAGAGAAUCAUAAAUGGGAGUCUUUUACAUUUCAAAUGCAGGGACGGGACAUGCGGAUGUUUUCUAGUUUUAUUUAUCUCGUUUGCGGAAGUGCACAGGGUAUAAAGGGAGGCCUUCCACGUGGCCUUAAUUGAAGGGAAGAUGUUGCCACAUAUUUGCUUCCUUUUUUUGCUUCUAGAUUAGGUUUGUUUAUUUUUUAUUUAAAAUAAAAAGAAAUGAAAACUUUUCUGGCCUUUUAUAGUGAAUUUAAAACCGUCCAAAUGUUUAAAAUCUGUCAUUUGAUUUGACUGUGGCGUUCAUAUGAAGUGAUUUCUGUGGGGCCUGGGGGACAUGAUUUCCUAUAAGACAGGCCUGGGGGACGUGGUGUCCUAUAAGACAGGCCUGGGGGAUGUGAUGUCCUAUAAGACAGGCCUGGGGGAUGUGAUGUUCUAUAAGACAGGCUUGGGGGACGUGAUGUCCUAUAAGACAGGCCGAUGUGAUGUCCUAUAAGACAGGCCUGGGGGACGUGAUGUCCUAUAAGACAGGCCGAUGUGAUGUCCUAUAAGACAGGCCUGGGGGACGUGAUGUCCUAUAAGACAGGGUUCUGUUCUCCUGCUGCAGUGAACCCAAGAUCCCCCCACCCCACCAAUGAAGAAAAGGAACCAAAAUCUUUCAAAAUGUAGAAAUAAGGACUGAAUUUGUGUUAAUUAACUAAAUAUAUAUAUCACCAGAGAAUUUUUUUCAGUUUCAUUUUUCUGCUCCUUUUCUGGUUUUGGUUUAUGUUCUUCCUUGAACUCUUUUCUUCUCACAAUUUUCUGGUUUUCACAGUUUUCACAGAUUCCACAGGUUCUUGUAAAAUGCCAGGGAGGAGAACUGGGUUUUGGGUAAUGUUUCUCUUUUUUCGCAUAUUAGCUACGCAUAUUCCGACUGCAUUUUCUUUCCAAUUUUGAAUGAAGUAUUUGCGUAAUUAGCAGUAAAAACUGUCAGAGCAUAAUUUUACCAAUCAAUCCAUCAGCUUGUCACACCUGACUUUCGUUCAUCAAGAGAACGUCUGCACCCAAGUUCACUUCAACGUGGAUCAUUUUUAAAACUAGAAACAAAUAUUACCUUUAUUACAAUCAGUUAUAAAAAGCCAAAUGAUUCUUUUCUUACCAUCCAGUCUUUCUGCAGCCAUUUUUGUUCACUCUGUGCUAACAGUUCGGACCGUUACUGAACGUUGCUGGUGAACAGAAAGGCUUUAAACCCAAGCUAACGUUCGUUUUGUUUUUAACGUCUGUUUUUGGUGGCAGGCGACAACUUAAACUUAUUUUGAAAGUGAAAUGUCUUCUUUUAUUAUUUCUGUUUUGUUGGUUAGUCAAAAGGAGUCUGAUUUUGAAAAUGUCAAUCUGUUAAACCCUGAUCAAAAGGAUUCAAUAAAAAAAAGAUUUGUCAGAGA